AUGGCACCGAUGAAGUUGACAUACUUCGAAUUUGCCGCCCUGGGCGAACCACUGAGACUAGCGCUGGCACAAAGCGGGGUUGAAUGGAUCGACAACAGGUUGCCGAGUGAGGAGUGGCCCACUCUCAAGCCGAGUGAGUCUGCUGAGGUAGUGCUGUUCUCUCGGUACAGCUGGAGGUUGUCUAUUUUGUCGGAGUAG